AUGAACCAUGACUCCACGCAGUUGGCAGAGGCCAUCAACCGCUUCGCGAAGGAGUUCAUGGAAGUUUCACGGGCCAAGAAUCAGGAGGAGCGAGGCAUUGGCCUCCAAGGCACCUCCAGCCCAGGCACCGGGCCCCAAGGCACCAGCUGGCCCGCCUCCAUCAGCCGGCAAGGCACCAGGCCAACCCCCAGCCCGCAAGGCACCAGCUGGCCCACCGCCAGCCCAGGCAUCGGCCCCCAAGGCACCUCCACCCAGCAUGGUUUGCAUUCUGAAAGGAUGUACUCCACAACUGUCAAUGCAGAUGGCCCCUUCGACAUUGACAUGUUCCUGCUGCCUCUUCACUUGGAUAAUGUGGGGCACCUUUCCAAGUAUUGGGAGUCGAGGAACUCGCCUCCUUUGAAAGUCGUUUCAGAAAGGCCUUCUCUACUGCAGCUGUUCCAUUCUCCGAUGGCCAUGUUUGUGAAGGUACCUGAUUGCAGUGCCCUCCAUGAUUUCAAGGAAGCCAUUUGCAAAGCCCUCUAUGCAGUUGGUGUGGAGCUUCCGUUGGCCACCUCCUCACUUGCAGUCAACUCAUACAAUGGCUACUGCAUAUCCAGAGGGACUUUGAAGGCUCACUGGGACACCAUCCAACAAGCCCUUUUGGCCACUGGCAUCUUUACAGUUUACCUUGGGCAAUUCGGCUGCAAACUCCCCCUCCCAUCAUUCCAGAAAGACUUUGCAGAAAUCUUGGACCAGCUUAUGGGUGACAGCUCCACAUUUGAUUUGGCUGUCCAGGUCAAGGACCCUGCCUUCAUUUAUGUCUUCGGCAUUAAAGGAGGCAAGACUGUAUUGGAUGGCUUGCAUGGUGACAAAGCUUACCAUGCUUACAUCCACAAAAUCUUUCCUGGAAUGGUGCACUCAGAUGACCCGGUCCACUGGGGCACCUUGGAAGUCAGACCGAGUGGCAGAGCGGCUUCCGAGAAGGGGAAGUUUCUCCAGGCAUACUCAAUCGGUCUGCAAAUUAAUGUCGCAAUGUUCUCGCUGACUCCUUCCAAAGCACUCAAGACGUCACUGCCCGCCAAAGCAAUUGGGGCCAGCCGUGCUUCGGAGCUCGGGGCUGCGGGAACAGACUCGGGUGAGUUGGUGGUCUUCGACCAAUCGCAAGACUCCCAUUCCUGGUCGCAGCAGCGCUAUGACAAUGAGUACGGAUGGAAACCUCAGCUCAUGAAACAACAGAUGAUCGACCCUGCCCGGUUUAUCUACGUGACAAGCGACGAUGGCAAGUUUCAGUGCAACUUGCCAUCGUCGCUUGUCACGUAG